ACCACAGGACGCCCGUCUCGCACCUCCACCUCCACCUCCACGCCAUGCGCCUAUAUCACGUCACACCUGCCACUCUCCAGUGCUCCACCUCGCCGUCGAUCUCCAUCCACCUUCGAUCGCCAUGGCUCCCGAGGCACCGGCACCGGCGGCGGCGGAGCGCGUGGUGGUCGACGAGUGCCGCGGCGUGCUGUUCGUGUACAGCGACGGCGCCGUGGAGCGGAAGGCCGGUCCGGGGUUCGCGACGCCGGUGCGGGACGACGGCACGGUGGAGUGGAAGGACGCGACGUUCGACGCGGCGCGCGGGCUGGGCGUCCGGCUGUACCGGCCGCGGGAGCGCGCCGCCGGCGGGGAGCGGAGGGGGCUGCCGGUGUUCUUUUACUGGCACGGCGGCGGGUUCUGCAUCGGGUUGCGCACGUGGCCUAACUGCCAGAACUACUGCCUCCGGCUGGCGGCGGAGCUGGGCGCCGUUGUCGUCGCGCCCGACUACCGCCUCGCGCCGGAGCACCGCCUCCCCGCGGCGUUCGAGGACGCCGAGGCGGCCCUGCUCUGGCUCGCGUCGCAGGCGGGGCCGGGCGGCGACCCGUGGGUCUCCGAGGCGGCUGACUUUGGGCGGGUGUUCGUCUCCGGCGACUCGGCGGGAGGCACCAUCGCGCACCACCUCGCCGUGCGGUUCGGCUCCGCCGCCGGGCGCGCCGAGCUGGAGCCCGCCCGCGUCGUCGGCUACGUCCAGCUCAUGCCCUUCUUCGGUGGGGUGGAGCGGACGCCGUCCGAGGCGGAGUGCCCCGACGAUGCGUUCCUCAACCGCCCGCUCAACGACCGCUACUGGCGGCUCUCCCUGCCGGCGGGCGCCACGGCGGACCACCCGUUCUCCAACCCGUUCGGGCCUGGGAGCCCCGACCUCGCCGCGGCGGAGUUCGUGCCGACGCUGGUGGUGGUCGGCGGCCGCGACCUCCUCCGGGACCGCGCCGUGGACUACGCGGCGAGGCUGAGGGCGAUGGGGAAGCCCGUGGAGGCGCUGGAGUUCGAAGGGCAGCAGCACGGCUUCUUCACCAUCGACCCCUGGUCCACCGCCUCCGGCGACCUCAUGCGCGCCGUCAAGCGCUUCGUCGACACCGACGGCGGCCUCCGCCUCGGCUGAUCAGGCGGCCGCCGCGCGUGUCUCCCGUGCGUCUCGCCUGCUCCUCCUCUCUCGCGUGUCUUAGCUAAUUAAUAAUAUAAUAAUAUAAUAAUAAAUCGGUUCGAAUUUCGAAAUGUUGAAAUUUCAUUUCAUUUAUCAAAAAUUCAAAAUCCAGACAGAAGAUAAGAUCCAUGGUCCGUAUGAACUAUAAUGGUUUGUUUUUUUGUUUGAAUUAGUCUAUGCAGUUUCACUUUCAGCUUGAUUUGGUAGGGCUUCGCGAGUAUUCGUUUAUGAGUACUCCGUAUUACUUUGAGAUCAAGUACAAGUUGAUGACCUAAGCUGAUCUGGGCCGUCCAUCAAAUGUCUGAUGAGCCUUUUCUAAUUCGGCCUGAUUACGAGCGCCGUGACAAGGCCCAAUAUUUGAUGCUGGAGAUACAUUGCACCAUGCUGGCAUGCUCAAUCCAACUGGAUAGA